CUUUUUUCGACAGCCGCUAUGGUGGCCUCUUUCACCCUACCAUACUUUGCCGACGAAGCCAGCCUUCCUGCUACGUUGCCCACGGCGGAAGAGAUCGAAUCUGCGACAGAAAUCCUCAAUGAGCGUAUGUCGGGGGCGUCCGGCAAAGUCGUCGGAGUUGGCGACCACUUCAUUGUCAAAUAUGGCGCAUUUGUCAAUUUACAAGAGGGGCAGACUAUGCUUUUCCUCCAACACUCAUCAACCGUUCCUGUACCCCGUAUCUAUGCGUUGUACCAGAAGCCAGGACCCGACAACGACACAUACAGCUAUAUCGUUAUGGAGCGCAUCAGAGGUCCCACCCUGGCUUCUGUUUGGUUGAGAAUUGGUCAAACGGAAAAAGAGGCAGUGGCGUCGAAGCUCCGCCAUGUCUUCGAAGAGAUGCGGAGGUUGGAAUCACCUGGAGGUUACUGCGGCUUUGGUCGUCGUGGAUUGACGGAUUCACUUUUCGACUCUGGGGACGAUUCAACGUCAUUCAAUGGACCAUUCGAUACCGAGUCAGAUCUGAAUGAGGCUAUGAUCGCUAGAUACGCCAGUGAAGGCCAUUCUAAACACAAGACGCAGCACUUCUCGCGCGCCUUCAAGGAUGUCUUCCAGAACCACGCUCCAGUCUUCACGCAUGCGGACUUCCAGCGGAAGAACGUCAUGUUCCGGAAGCCUCCGGCAACAACAGAGAAUGGCCUAGUCCAGUGGGCCUCGACAGACCUAGAGCUCGUGAUCAUCGACUGGGAGUUUGCUGGAUGGUAUCCAAGCUACUGGGAGUACUCAAGAGCGCUUUUCGGGUGCGGAGCAUGGAAGGAUGACUGGAGUGACUGGAUCGAGCAAAUGUUGGAGCCGUAUCGGAUCGAAUAUGCCUGGGUACUACUAUUUCUCACAGAGCUAUUUUCAUAAGAGCACGUUCAAUUUUGACAUCUUGCAGUUAUAUGCGUUCUGGUCUCCUUAUGUAUGAGCUGACGCAGUGAGCAUUAUCUCGAGCUGGGGAUCGAUAUCUCAAUAUAUUCAAGGAGGGCUUCAGGGUGUUUAUGCACCUGGCCCACAGACUGG